UACCGUUGGCGUGGCUGGUGCAGGACUCGAGUAGGAGUAGCACACUGUUCUUUCAAGUUUCAACCGGUCCAUUAAGCCACCAACACAAAAAAACCGCGACAUUUUCCCUCCAAAAAAUUGAGUCUUUAGUUCUUUAUUCUCUCUCUUUGCAAUUGCAUGCCCUAAUUUUGGGUAGGGUUUUUCAGCGAUGGGAAAAGAUGAUCAUGGAAUCAACGCAGAUUUCGACUACGUCGAUACUCAGCCACUCGACACCGAUUGUGAGGAGGACGAUGACAAUGAGUGUCGAUACUUUGAAGACACAGUGCCUAACGAUGACAAUGAGUGCCAAUACUUUGAAGACACAGUGCCUUUCGACGAGGACGUUUUGGAAACCGAAGUAGAGGACCUUGCCGGUGAAACUCAGAAGUUAGACGACAUUGACACGCAGUUGUUGGAAGAAGAGUUGGAAUCGGAUAGGACGCAAGUUUUGGAGAAUGUGAAUGAUGAGGUAUCUGCUGAUGAGACUCAAUGCGUGGACAGUGACAAUGGUCAAACCCUGGAUAGCAAGAAGGGUGAAUCUUCGCAACAGAACAGUUCUGGUUCCAUGCCUCCACGGUUUACUGUUCUCCGUGCAGAAUCUUUGCGGCAGGCUGCUCUAGCUAAUCGCAAUAUGAAUUUGAAACAAACCCAGGAUAAGACCAUUUCUGUAAUGGGUAUUAAAGAUUUUCGUCAGGAACCACUGGCUGUAAAGGAUAAUGGGGAAUCCCUUCCUAGAUGUUCUGAAAAGGUUGAGGGAGUUGAUCAGGAAAACGAGCAUGGGAAAUACACUCUGGAAUUUGGGGUUUUGAAGAACAAAAGUAUGUGCAAGGUUGCUAAUUCGGCAGUGAGAAAACUUUUUAAUGAUGAAUUACCUAUCGAAACAGAUGGUCCUUCUCUUAGCAGCAAUGAUUUUAAUGAAGGAGAUGGCUUGGACAAGUUGCCUACCAGAGGUUUAAGCUACAUUAACUCUCAAGAACCUGGAUUGUUGUCACAGGACAAUGCUCUCAAUUUUGUUGAUAGGUUUCUCAAAGAUAAUAUCAUGGAGUUUGAUCAAGAAACUAACUGUGUUAAGAAAAUAAAGGAAAGGUCAAAAUCCAUUCUGACUACAAAAGGGAAACAGAGUUUGGUCAAGAGAGUAAAUGAUAGAGACAAAGCUGGAAGAACUGGGAUCUAUGACUGGGAUGAUAGCUGUGAGGAUGAAGGAGGGGGAGAUAUAUACCUAAGGAGAAAGGAUGAUUUUUUUAAGGGUGAAACUCAUGGGCCAAGGUCGUUGCCGGUAUUCCAGAAGAGCAAAGUAAGCAGACUAAAUAAUGAUAAGAAAGGUGAGAAACAAUUAAGUGUUCCCAAUAAAAGAAAGACCGCAGGUCAUUCUGAUUCAAGACUAGGGAUGCAUGUUCUGAAAGUUAAGGACAAUAUUAUGCAAGAACCAACAUUGAACUUAAAACGGAAUCUAGCUAAUGAAUUGGAUGAACAAUUUGACACCGAUUGCUCUGGAGGAGAGAAGGAGCCCAAUGCUAAUGCAGGAGCACAGGAAAUGUUGGAUGUAGGUUUAGAUACUCAAAUGGCUGCUGAGGCUAUGGAAGCUUUAUUCAAUGCCUAGGAUAUUGUUGAUCGUGUUGCUAAUGAUGCCACUCAUGUUACUAGAAGUGGGUUAACUUAUAAACUUAAUAACCCUUCUACUGGAAAAAUGAGGUCUGUUUCAUCUAAGGGACAUUCGGGACAAUAUGACAGGAAAAAGAGAGUUGAUGUUAAAUCAAAGUUGCAAACUUCAGGGUUAUCAAAGAAAAGCAUUGAAGUAGUCAGGCAAUGCAAAAAGGACAAUAUGAUGGCAAAAUCAAAGAUGAAUAAGUUAAAUGCAGAAGGAAACCAAAUUUCCAGUGCUGAUGAAAAUGGUAGAGUAUCCUUGCCUCCAAAAAUUAUGCAACGAAAGUUGGAUGGAGCUUUGAAAAGACAUCAGGUUGAUGAGUUGAAUAAUUCAGAUGGCAAUAAUGGAGAAGGUGGAGGGAGUCCAGUUAACAAAAGGCAAUUACAGGAUGAUAUAUGGCAUUUUACACCAAUUGCUCGCAGAACUAGACGAUCCUUAGCUAUACCAUCCAAAAGUUUGAGAGAUGGGGAUAUGGGAAGUGAUUCCCUUGAGAAAAGCAGUGGAUUUGGCCUACAGGCAUCCAAAUCAUUGAAUUCUAAUUCUACAGGACUUUCUAAUCACUUUGAAGUAGAUGAUAAUUCCAACUCGUGUCAAUUUGAGAAUUCUGCUCUAAAGGCAAGUGCUGUUAGUGUCAGUGACGAUGUUGAAAUGGGUGCAUUAGAUUGUCCUAAAAGAUCUCUCAGGAUUAGAAAGUUGUCGAAUCAUGAUAAAGGAUCUGAGACAUUAGUUGGUUCAUCUAAACCAUCUGCUCAACCUGAAGAUAUUGGGAAAUCUACUGCUCGGAAGAGAAAAGUUAGAACAGAUUCUGUUGUCAAAUCUACUGAUGGUUCAGUAAUAUCUUCACUUGAUAAAAAACAAAGGAAAAUAUCAGAGCUAAAUUUAGAUAAAGUAAACCCAGGGGAUAAUAUCAAUAAUUGCAAAGUCACUAGUUCAGACGAAUCUCCAAGAGAGAGGGACAAGUCAUCUGACUCGGCAUCUGCAACUCCAGCAAAGUGUAAGAUGCCUGUGAAUGAUGCAUCACCUGUUUGUAUGGGUGAUGAAUAUUACAAACAAUCAUGCAAUAGAAAUCUUUCAAGAUCGUGCCUUCUCAAAGCAUCUCGUAAGGAGCUCCAUAGAGAACUUCAAAGCUUGAGUACCAUCAAACCUGAAUUACUUACCCCGUCUAAAGAUUCAAGAAAGAGGAGGGACAUGACAGAUGUUCGAAUUCUUUACAGCCACCACUUGGAUGAAGAUAUUAUUAAGCAUCAGAAGAAGAUUUUAGCACGUCUAGGAGUUUCUGUAGCAUCCUCCAUUGCAGAUGCAACCCACUUCAUUGCUGAUCAAUUUGUGCGUACAAGGAAUCUGUUAGAAGCUAUUGCUUCUGGUAAACCUGUUGUCACACACUUAUGGAUUGAGAGCUGUGGACAAGCUAGCUGUUUUAUUGAUGAGAGAAAUUACAUAUUGAGGGAUGCAAAAAAGGAAAAGGAGAUAGGUUUCAGCAUGCCUGUCUCACUAGCACGUGCAAUCCAGCAUCCUCUUCUAGAGGGUCGAAGAGUAUUGAUUACCCCAAAUACCAAACCUAGUAAAGAGAUUGUUUCAAAUUUAGCGAGGGCAGUUCAGGGUCAGGUGGUGGAGAAAGUGGGAAGAUCUUUUUGGAAGGGCGAUAAAAUUGCAGAUGAUCUACUGAUCAUAUCAUGCGAAGAAGAUUAUGCUUCUUGUGUGCCUUUUCUUGAAAAGGGGGCAACGGUGUACAGUUCAGAACUGUUGUUGAAUGGCAUAGUUACUCAGAAGCUGGAGUAUCAAAGGCAUCGACUUUUUGCAGACAAUGUGAAGAAAACUCGUUCCACCCUAUGGUUGAAAAGAGAUGACAAAACAUUUGUUCCUGUGACUAAAUGUAAUUAGAGCGGUUCCUUUUUUCACCUGUAUCAUAUGUAGAUAUUUUCCAAUACAUGUCUUAAGCUCCCACCCACCGGUAAUAUAUUUAUUAUGUAAAAAUCUUUGAAAGGUGUUUUUGCUCUCUUUUCUUUCAGUUAGUUUGCAUCCAUUGUGAUAAUUUUGUGACAA